UCUCUCUCUCUUCACCAACACUAGUAUAAUCUCUCUUCUCUAUAUACUCAUUUUGUUCCAGCAUGUUCAUCUAGAAUCCGGCAUACAAUGGGAUAUCCCGAAUUGCCGAAUAAGUGUUUUUUCUCUGGUAGUUGUGCUUUUAUUUUUAUUUUACCAUUAUUUCGUGAAUAAAAGGAAAACUGUUUAAAAAAAAAAAAAAAAAGCUAAGAAUAGUGGUGACCUUUGAUUUGUUCCUGAAAAAUGUCUUGUGGACAUAAUGGUAUUGUAGUCUGAAUUCUGAAUUUUUUGACCGAGAUUUUUGCCGAAAUAUUCAAGUUAUCAAAAGGUACUGAGACACACGUCAACCAAUUCAGUUUUUGCUGCUGAUUCCAAAUAUGGCAUUAGCUUUGCAAAAAAACAACAACAGAAGUUUGACAGUGAAAGCUUCAAAAUACAAAUGCAUUUCCUUGCUUUUUGCUAUCUGUUUCAAAAAACUUAAUUUUCUCAACGACGGAGUAAUAUUUUCCAAAACCGAUCCUUAACUUUUUUUCGUGCUAUUAUAGCGAGUGGAUUGAUAUAAAAAUAUUGGCUUCAUCUUCAAUCUAGAAACACUAUUUUUCAGAUUUAGUUUUUUACGGAGAACAAUAAUAAGAAGCUCCCAAGGUUCCCAAACAUAUUGUGUUCAAGAUUUAUGAUAGUUUUUCAAAAUUAAGCUAUUUUUUAAAAUUUUAAAAUUUUUCGUUUUUUUGCAUUUUCGACAUUAAAAUUUUGAUUCGACAGGUUAAAAUACACAUACUCGGAUUCAGCACAAAAAUAUGCAUCGAAUGAUGUAUAGAAAAAGAAAAAAGAAAAAGCGUGAAAGUUUUGAAUUUUCUUAACCUUACAAAGUUUAUUAAAGAAAUUUAAAAGCCGAAUAAUUUAGCCUAUGCGUUCAUAUGAGGGACGAAUUAAGAUAUCAAUUAGGGACGAAUAGAGAGGACACCGGUUGAAUAUAAGCGAUAACUCUCAACCAAAAUUAGGCAUAUUUUCUGUACGUUGUUCGGUAAUUUGAGCCAAAUGGAUAGUGUCUAUCUGAAGUUAUAUAGAACUCUGGACUCGUUCUUUCACUCAAAUUUUGUGGCGCUUUUUUACUCAAAGAUUGUUAAUUCAGUGUGCGAAGUUCGCGAGUGAGUCAAAAGCUCUAAAGUAAUGUCCAAUGUUGUUAUUGUGCAAAAAGACAAAGAACAGAAAGGAAAGAAAGUGUUUAUUGCUGUCAGCGUGCAAGAAACACACAGAGCAACAUGUUUUCAGUCAAUCAAGAAGAGCCAAGGUGAUGUGACGAUUCGGUGUGCACCCGACACAUUUAAUUUUUCUGAGCGCGUGAGACACUACGUGAAACAAAUAUAAGGCUAGUAUUUUAUAAUAUAAAGUUAAAUAUUUUUUCUUCUUCAAUGGUACAAUGAGUAUAUACAAUUUUUUAUUCUCAUCUCUUUUAGAUGGUAUUUGUUAUUGGUCUUGGUGGUGUAACGGGUAGUGGUAAAACAACAAUGUGUCGUGAAUUAUCAAAAUAUCUAUCAACUAAAUAUAACAAUGUUCAAGUUAUUGAUUUGGAUUCCUAUUCUCGCGAUGUAGAUGAUCCAAAACAUAUCCACUUACAAGAAUUUAAUCAUCAAGAUUGGGAGUCAUUAACCUCAUUACAUAUUGGUCGUUUUAUAUCUGAUAUAAAAUCAAGUAUAAAUAACAGCAGCGAUUCUAUAAUGAUAAUUGAAGGUUUUCUGAUCUAUAAUAUUGACGAAUUAAAGUCGAUUUUUAAUUUACCCUAUUAUUUUACAUUAAAUUUUGAUGAAUGUCGUAAACGACGCUUCCAACGGAUCUAUGUUCCACCUGAUCCACCAGAUUAUUUUGAUAAACAUGUAUGGCCAUCAUAUUUAAUUGCUAAAAAGCAAGCACUUAAUCAAAUCGAAAAUUUAAUCGAAAUUGAUUCAACACAACCUUUUGAUGAUAUUUAUCGUAGAAUUAUAAACGAUAUUAAUCAAGAAAUCGCGCGCGUGAAUAAAUAA